AGAAGAUUGAUUUCAACAGAGAUUUGCUUGCAUACAUUCUGUAGUAACCGGCCUGCAUCUGCUACCCCAGGAGAAGCCAUGGUGGACAUCUGAUUCUUCCUGAUCGAUAACAAAACAACUCUCGUUGAUUGAACGGGCAAGCUAAUGUUCUAGCCCACGAGCCCUGUACACCAAGAUCCUUGAGAUCAUCAUUCGUUAACUUCAUCAGUCCCAAAAUGAUAUCUUCAGCAGUUGCCAUUCCUGAGCCUGCGCCCUCGUCCCCUCCUACACACCAUGAUCGAAACACCACAACUCUCAAAAGGCGUCAAUCAUCGAUAUCCGAGGCCUCGGACUCAAACAAGAGGCCUCGACUAACCAGCGAGUCCUCGCCCUCGACAUCGGCGCGCCAACAUGUAUCAUCUCCCACCGCGACAACGACAGCGACAUCGACACCGGCCAUGACGGCCGCAACUAUUUCCCCUCCGACACGGCAACGGUCCCUCAACACCGACGAAAAAUCCCGCAAUCGACGACUCUUUGGAUCAAUCCUAGGCACUCUGUCACAACCAGCUGGGCGCCGAAACAACGGACCGCGCAAACCCAGCGUGUCAGACGCAUCACCUGGCGUUUCUCCGUCUGACCGGAGAGCGGAGAUCGAGUCGCGCCAGCGGGAACGGCUACGGCGCGAGUCCGAGGAGAUCUCACUACAAGCGCGCAGGAAGAAAGAAGAACUGGAUCGCUCUCGCCGCGCGGAGCAAAGACUGUGGGAUGCCGAGGCAAUGGAGAUCCGGCAUCGUAAUAUGCGGGCUGCGGCAGGGUUUCUGAGGACCAACGUGGAGCCUCAGUUGUAUUAUCGGCCGUGGGAGAUGAGGGACGAAGAUACCAAGAGAGUGGAAAGACAAAAGACCGAGGUGGAGGACAUUAUUCGCAGCGAGAUUGAAAAAUGGGAGAACGACAAGGUGCGGGCUGACGGAGAAGAAAGAGAUGGUUCCAAUCCAACAGGGCAUGACCAAGGAAAUGGAACUCAGGCGGCAAACGACCAUGAUUCGUCUCACGGCUCAAUACAUGAACAGGGUGGUUCUGGGAACAAAUCCAACGGCAGUGCCAAGGUCGACGAGGUCGUGAGAGAAGAUCCCCCCGUGCCCUCUGAAAGCAAUGGGCAACACGAAUCAAGUGCAGUCGAUGCGAGUACAGGUUCACGGGUAGAUGGGACCGAUGACGCCAGACCACAACCAAGUCGAAAUGAGGAUGAGCAUGGCGGGGAAGAGCUCGAGCAGGGCCAGGAAGACGAUGUGAUAUACUAGAUCACAGCUCGAACCAAGAACAACUCGUCUGGACACAAGCGUCUGUGGCAUCGUUAGGCGAUGCAAGCUCUGAGAAUUGAAACAUGAUUUUUGUCCCCUGGUUCAUACCAGCGACCACUGGCGCUACUAGAGCAAUAAAUGCGUGGCCCAUUGCCAACUCAAAUCCUGCCACGAAUCGUCCACCUCAAAGGUCAAAUAUUCCGUGUGAGACUCGGAGCUCUGCAUUGUGUAUUCGAUUUCUUCUAGCCACUCGGCCCGGUCCAAUCUUUGUCUCUGGUAGUGUGCAGGAGAAUCGCCAAUUGGCCACUUCCCUUUGCGGGCCAUGUACAUCUCCAGCUUCACACACAAGCACUCCGGUGAUUUCUUGUCGUCUCUGACUUCCCAAGCUUCGUCUCGCAGGUUGGUGAAUGUGCCGGACAGUGUGACGGUUUGUAAGUUGCAUGCAUCCCGGAUUUCUCCAAACAGCUCCAUCACAGAAUCUUCUCCACUGGCGGAUAGGAUGUUUGGUAAGAUGGUGACAUCUUCAAGAUGGAGAUGAUGGAGGGUGGCAGAGUGGUUUCGGAGGAAGGCCAGCAGAGGCGAGAUUUCGGUGUUGAAGGAGCAAAAGGACACGUGUUUCAACGUCGGGAAUAUCAUGCCUGUUACGGCGUUUGAGAUUUUAUUCUGUGGAGGAGAUCGUGGAGAUCGUGGUUGUCGUGUUAAGGUCCCGAGGUGGAUUGAAAGAUGCUGCAACUUGGAGAAGAGCGACAGGUAAGUUACCAAUCGUUUCAGGUGUUGGGGUUGCAUAAGUUGGUCGCGGUCGAAGGAUUCGUUAUUGAGGCCCAGCUUCAAUUUCUGUGUCCUGGUCAUGCGCAGUUCUUGCUCGGUCUGAGUGAAGGGAUAAAGGAUGUCGCCCCAAGACAAGGG